AUGACACUCACUACACGACACUACACGACACUACAAUAUACUCGCUUCCUCUUCCCAAUGUCCAUACAGCCCUUACCACCCGAUGUGGUGGCGCAGAUCAAGUCCUCCAUCACGGUCACGAGUCUGAACGGGGUCGUCCGGGAGCUGGUCAAGAACUCUCUGGAUGCCGGAGCCACGAAGAUCGAGAUAUGCCUGGACUACGGCCGUGGGGGGUGUUCGGUCGAAGAUGAUGGCUUGGGCAUCCUGCCAUCCGAACUCGUCCAAGUUAAACCAUGCCCCGGACCAGGACCCGCGCCCACUCCAUGGUGGCCGUGGCCAGUUCCUUGCGGCCGUCGCGGCCCUGGCGGUGGUGUCGAUCACAUCUCAUCAUCACCUGCAUCGCUCGCACAAUGCCCUGACGAUGCACCGGUCCGCGGUAGUCGCGCGACAGGUACCGGCCCCAGCCCAGCAGCACCUCGCGCAUCCGGAUCAUGGGACGCGCGUGGUGGUGCGCGAUCUCUUUGGCAACAUGCCGCGCGAUGUGGUCUCGCUCCUGUUGCCUUGGGAGAGGGCGGUUGCGGUGACUGUGACAGUGAUAUCUCCAUCAUCAUCAUCCAAUCCGAAGAUGGUCAUCCGACCACCCUCCCCGCUCUUCACGUCGGACAGAUUCUUCUCGGUGUCGUCGGUCAGCCGCAUCUUGUCGCAGGCGGCCUUCAUCUCCGUCCGGGAGGCGGAUCCCACUCGCUGGGUCCCCGUGGGCGCAUCAACCCCCACCCUGCGCAUCGCGGGCCUCUUCUCGCUCGACCCCGGACCCACCAAGCAGGUCCAGUUCCUAUCUCUCGGGAUCCAGCCGUUGGUGGCGGGUCAGAACGUCUUCCACGACGAGAUCAACCGGCUGUUCUCCCACUCGGCAUUCGGAGUGGAAGGAGAGGUCAGAGAACCGGAACUGGACCAGCUCGCGAUGGAGCGGCAAGGCUUCACGAACAAAGAGCUGAAAGGAGCGAAGAAAGGCGUGGACCGGUGGCCGAUGUUCUGCCUUAA